AUGCGUCAAGGAGGUCAUCUCCGGCAUUAUUUCCUUCGUUUGUGUGUUCGGUUCCUUGGAAACACGGCAGUCAUACUAGCGGUUCUGUCGGUCAAGAAACUGCAAACAUCCACCAACGUCUUCGUCCUGAAUCUUGCCGUAUCUGAUGUCCUGACGUGUGCCUUGCUUCCCUGGCAAGUUGUUGCCCUCUUGAAUGACGAGCUCGUCUUCCCGAUCUGGCUGUGUCGGACAGUUGCCUUCGGUAAGCUAACGUGCUUAGGCUGCAACGUCAAUACCCUGGCUUGUAUCGCGGUUAACCGCCUGAUUGGUAUCACGACCCCAGCGCACAGCAGGUACCGCAAGCUGUUUACGCCACUGAAUCUGUCUCUGACGGUCGCCUUGACGUGGUGCGUGCCUACUGCAGUGGCCACUCUCCCGUUCUUGUCCGACUACGCAGAGUACGGUUACAACCCAAUGUAUAACACCUGCGUCUGGCGCUCUAACAGAUCGUAUGGCCUGUUUUAUACGAUGCUGAUGGCCAUUUUGUUUUUCCCUUUUCAAUUUACUGUCCUUGUGACAAGCUACUUCAGAAUGUUCGUGUACGUGAGAAGGAUAACUCGAUCAACUUUGCGCAGCUCUGAAAACACCAACAACGAAAACCAGGACCUGCAAAGGCGACUUUGGAAGCGUCAGGUGGCGGUGACUAAAAACCUAUUCCUAGUGGUGUGCGCGUUUCUUCUUUGUAUCUUGCCCUACUUCGUCAUUUCUGGGAUACCUGGUUUCGCAAAAGAGUACCUUGGGAUCGCUGGAACAAUCCUGAUGGCAAACGCCUGCGUCAAUCCGACCAUCUACGCUGUAAAGCAUCCGGAUUUUAGGAUGGUGUUUGGGCAAGUCCUCUGUUGCAGGUGUAAGAAACCCCAGACCCAGGGACGUGCAAACCAGAAUGACAAAGAUCGUGGCGAGAAGGAUGGCAUCCACUUAGGCUCUAAUACAAUGUAA